CGAAAUUCGCCCCAAAUUUUCUUAUACGCACAACGCUUAGCACUCUACCGCACAUGAACAAUUUCUUCAAUAUGUGGAAUACUCUGGGUUUAUCGUCACGUUCCGCAUCCUCAUCUGCCGAUGAUGACUCGGAGUCGUCAGAUCAUGAUUACACGUUCUCACUAGGUAGAGGUUUUAUACACAAGGAAAUUUACGCGAACAGUCUUUGGAAUAUACAAAAUAGAACUGGUGCUCACAUUGAUGCUAUGGUAGCAUUAGAGAAGGCCGAUUGGGAUUUUCGUUAUGAGGAUACAAUUUACCCGGUCGAAGCUUAUGUGGGCGAUGAGGAUGACAACGUACCACUGCAAGCCUGGCUGUAUAUGAGCAAUAGAAUGAGUAAUGUUAAAUUGAACACUAUUAAAGGUGGUAGUCAUUAUCUAUUGUACAGAAUGGACUUCAUGGAAGAUUUAUUCACCAACGUUGAAAAAACUGUCAAUACAAAAAGCGGUGUAAAUAUCAAUAUCAUUUAA